CCAUUUCUCCAUCACUCCUCUAUCCAUCUCCCUACCUUCAAUUCUCUCAUAUACAACCAAAAUUAAAUUAAAUACCUUCAAUAAUCCUGUGUUCUAAUUUCAGAUCAGAUCAGAUCAAAUCAAAUCAAUUCUAAUUAGUAAUGGUGAAACCCGAGAAAGUGAGAAACGAUGGCGUUUCGAGUUCUAAUUCGUCGCCAUCUUCGUCGUCGUCGUCUUCGUGUAAGUAUAGGGGUGUGAGGAAGAGGAAUUGGGGGAAGUGGGUGUCGGAGAUUAGGCUCCCCAACAGCCGGGAGCGGAUUUGGCUCGGCUCCUUCGAUUCGCCGGAGAAGGCGGCUAGGGCUUUCGACGCCGCCCUUUUUUGUCUGCGCGGUAAGAAUGCCAAUUUUAAUUUCCCCGACAACCCUCCCGACAUCGUCGACGGCAAUUCCAUGAGCCUCGCUCAGAUUAAGGUGGCCGCCGCCAAUUUCGCAAACUCCGAGCCUCCCUCGAGGGGACACGUGUCCGAUCCCUCCACUUCGCUUUCUUCGUCGUCCUUGCACGCCGAGUCGCCCUCGCCGUCGGUUUCCGACGGCGCGGUCCACCAAGCCGAAGCCGAAGCCGAAGGUGGUGAAAUGACCGAAACCGCCCUGGAUCACGGCUUUCUUCAACGCUUCUCGUCAUUGGGGAAUGCCAAUAAUAACGUCGUUACGGAUUUCGGUUACUUUCCCGAGUUCGACGAUUUCUCAAAUGACUAUUAUGUCCCUCCGAUGCCCAUGCCCGACACCGACUACGUAGAAGAAACCUACGAUGGAUUCGCAUCCCAAGGAUCAUUCCUCUGGAAUUUCUAAAGCCGUGUCUUGAUUUGUCAAGUGAAAAAAAAGGGCAAUCAAAUGACUGAUUCCGGAAUUUUUUUUUGCCACUGGAAUCAAUGGCAUUCUUGUCCUUUCACAUUUAAUCGGAUAUCCCCCCUCGGUGUUACGUUCAUCCCAGAUGUGACUUGUGAGAUGUCAUUAUUACUCAUCAAAAUUUGUAUUUUACGUGACUGCAUUUUCAAUUUAGUGAAUAGGAUCAUGUUUUUUAUUUUUAUUUUUAUUUUUAUGGCAGUCAUGUCUAAUUUAAUUAAUGUAUAUGAUCAUAUUAUAAUUAUUAGAUUUUUCAUAAAUUUCGUAUU